AUGUCUAAUAACAAUUGUGAUGCCGCUAGGCAUAAAACUAAAAGAUUUAGCUUUAAAAGAAAGCCAUUUGAUGCAAAGCAAAUAAGAAACGAGCCAAAAAAAGAGGUGAAAAAAGAGACAAAAAAAGAGGAGAUAAAAGAGACAAAAAAUGAGGUGAUAAAAGAGGCAAAAGUGCAUGAAUUCCAGGAACCUCAAGAGCAUCACAAUGAGUCAGAGACUGGUUUCCACAAUAAACCAAAAAAGGCAGAUGAUACUAAUUAUUGUGAACACAAUGAACAAAUUGAAACAAUAACAGAAAAUGAAAAUUCUAAAAUGCCUCACGGAUUUGAAAAUAAAGCCACACAAACAAGAAUUUGUUGUAUUCAUAAUCACUGCAGAAGAAAACAACGAAAAAGAAAUGGAAAUUUCUUUCCUGAAGCAUGGUUUUGUUUAACAAAUUUGUGUAAAUAA